UGUAAAAAAAGCUUCGCUGGAAACAGUAGGGCCCGUCUCUGCCUUCUAAGUGAUGCUUCUUUUCCUAGUUCGCCUUAGUCUCUCUCGUGUGUUGGGAGAAUAGGUACACGUCGUUCGAGCGGCAUAGACUUUUCUGUGAAUGCGACGAAUUCAGAGCCAGUAGUCCACUUUUCCUUUGGCUCCCAGUCCGUCGACUACGCAUUGGAUGUUAACAACGACGUCCUUGAGGUUUGCAGACUUGCCUUGACUGCGUGGUUGGUGGUAGAACUUGGUUUGGUACUGAAGCAAAAAAAACGAAAAGAAAGAAAGAAAGAAAGAAAAGCAUCAUGGCCAUCAACGAUCACCAACGAUGGGCGAGAAUUAACAUGGAACUACGAAUCGAGCUUCCCGCCGGAAGGUACGCGAUCGCAUGGAGGAAUUUUAUCAUCACCCUUUAUGAACAGAUUGAACACUGGAUGGAACAGCGACGUCGGGAAGUCAGAUAUACCACGUGGGACUUUUGCAUCAUACAUUCGCGAAGCAGACGGGACCGCGAGGCUGCUAAAGCGUUCAAGCGGCUUCUGGAAACGACAUUGGGCAUCAUAGGAAGAACCUUUGAUGACAUCGAACUGGGCGAGAACACCCUCGAGGCGGCGUCGGCGAUGGUGACGGGCAGCACCAAAGCCUUCAUCAUCGUUAGCAAAUACUUAGAUCUUCCAGAUUUUCCAAAGUUUGUUUUCCAGUCUGCCCUCAUGGCGCAGCUGCACCGCCCCGACUGGAAGAGAAAGCUGGUGCCCGUGUACCUGCCGGGGCGUACGGACAACCCGCCCUUACUCCUCGCUGGUCUGCAAGGGUUCACGCUGGGUGACGACCCCCGCACGGUGGAACUCGUGAGUCAUGACAUCCCGGUGGACGACCAGAUCCGCGUACGGCAGCAGCGGCAGCGGACCGAGGCGAACCUCCUGGAGGAGCUGCGGCAGGGGAGGGCCCAGCGCCUGAACGAGAUCCGCGAGGUGGUGGCAGAGCUCCGGGAACAAUUCGGGGAAAACCACGACCCCACGGGAGCUCUGGGUCAGAUCAGUGAGCAACUGAGGUCAGCUGUUUACGACGCGAGCGGCAGUGGAGCGAGUCAGAUCGUCAACGUUUCCCAGAGCGCCUCCGUCAGCGUGGGUCCUUCCUUUCAUAUCGCGGUCCACGUGCAAAAGGACACCCCGACCUCCUCGCGACCCGGGACGCCCUUCAGCGACGAUGAUUUCUUCAGCUGCUGUGAAUCCACCUCUUCAUACAGUUAAUGCUUUUCUUUAAGCUUUUUUUUCUGCAUUGUUCUCCAUUUUCUCUCUCUCAUGCUCUCUGUUUCGUUUGUAAUGUUAUGUUCGUAUCGUGUUUUGAUUUUCAUUCUCCUGUGGUUAACUACAUUGCUGUCUUUAAAUAAGACCUACUUACCAGGGUUGGGUUCAAAUACAGGCGACUGUACUUAAGCCCAAGUCCAAGUACCUGCAUAUUUUUCAUGUACAAAUACAGUCAAUUUGCUAUGUACAUGUCAUUGUUCUUAAGUACAAGUACUUUUUUAAAGUACGAAAGUUAGUAGUUUUCGUAUAUACACAUUAAUUAGUACACUGUUAAAAACUGGGAUUCGAUAUAGAAAAGUAUAUGGAAAUUCUACCUUUAUUUUAGCACCUUGCAAAACAAGAACAUAUACUUUAUUAAUAACUUGAAUAAAUAAUAUUCCCGAUGUUGCAAAUGCAAAAGACUAUCCAUACACUUUUCAUGUCAAUGAUAAAUAAACUUUUGACGCAGGGCAUUAAAACUCGUCACAUGUUCUAUGCUAACAAUAUAGUAUUAUAACUAAAACUAGCUGAUAAGUACAGAUGAUUUUAUUGAACAUAAAUUUGUCCCUCAUGCGACUCAUUGUGCAA